GAAUGGCUGUGGCGUUUUCCUUUUAUUUAUUCGCUGCUGUGCUAAGUGCCUUCCGUGCUAAUCUUGCAAACUUUUGGGGGAAAGGGGGAAGUUGAGGGGCGGGAAUGGCAAAGCCGUGAGAGAGAGAGCGCAGACAGGAAUGAGGCUGAGAGGGAGCAGGUGAUGUAUACUAAUCGGGACGAGGGCUGGGAGGUGCUGCGUGGUCGGCACCCAACGACUGACUGGCUGGCUGGCUGGCGUUGGCUUUUCGACGCCAGUGCCAGCGGCGGCUCUUCCCUUUCGCUGCCACCCCUGCGCGCGCGCUCUCUCUCUCUCUCUCUCUCUCUCUCUCUCUCUCUCACACACACACACACACACACACACACACACUCAGCGUCUCACACGCACUUCACUUUUCCAGCCGGGGGCCAGUCAGUGCUCGCUGAGAGGGACUUCCUCUUCAGGGAAAGAAGCUGCGCGGGGACUUUUUCCCUUUCCCUGUCAGGAGCCUUGCCCUUUCCUUCGCUGGCUGAGGCAGCGGCUGCGGCGUCCCCAUUCCCAGGAAGGACAGGGACGCACACUCUUUCUUUCUUUCUUUCUCUCUUUCUCGGCUGGGGGCCGGAGCCGUCAUGUGACCGGCUUGGGCUGCAGGGACCCCCCGCCUCCCUCCGCGCCAUGAGUGAAUUGGAGGCUGCUGGGCAGCAUCCAAGCCGGCGCCAGGUAGAGCUCAGGCUGCCGCUCAGUCUCCUUUCCUGCCUGCUCCUGGUCUGGACCAAAGAGAUCGCGGCGCUGGCGGACUUCUCAGGUUAUCUAACCAAACUUCUGCAAAACCACACUGCGUAUGCCUGUGAUGGUGAUCGCUUGAGUCUGCAGUGUCCUCGGCAUUCAACAAUAAGUGUCCAAUCUGCAUAUUACGGGCAAGCUUACCAGUUGUGUAGUGAACAACAUCCAGAAGCCACGAUGAAAGAGCCCAUAAACUGUGUGGCAUCUACUACUUUGCAGAAAGUACUGGAUGAAUGCCAGGAUCUGAGAGCCUGCCAACUCCUUGUCAAUAGUCGGGUUUUUGGACCUGAUCUAUGUCCAGGAAUCACUAAAUACCUUCUAGUCUCCUUUAAAUGCAAACCUACUGAAUAUAAAACCAGAUUAGUGUGUGAGAAUGAAGAACUGAAACUCCACUGUAAAGAGUCGAAAUUCCUUAACAUCUAUUCUGCCUCAUAUGGCAGGGCUGCACACAAGAAGGACACCUGUGCUACAGAAACGGGCCGCUUCCCUCAGUUUGAUUGCUUUUCGUAUUCAGCUUUAGCAGUAUUAUCUAAGAUGUGUUAUGGAAAACAGAGGUGCAAAAUCUUUGCUAACAACCAUAACUUUGGAAGACCAUGCCUGCCUGGUGUGAAAAAAUAUCUCAAUGUCAGCUAUGCAUGUGUUCCCAAAUUCAUAUUUGCAGCAGUUGAUCCAAUGGUUAAUCUAAACCCUUCUUGGAAGCCAAAAGAAGGUAUAAAUUUUGACCCAAAAGAAUCAAGAUUUCCAAAGAAAGAAGGAAUUAUAGUUAGCAACAGUUUGGCUAUGUUUGCUUACAUUAAAGAUCACCCUGAAAGAGCUGCUCUCUUGUUUGUGUCUAGUGUUUGUGUUGGCCUCGUGCUCACACUCUGUGCUCUGGUGGUCCAUGUGUCAUGCUCUAAUGACCUGGAAAAACUGCGGAGGGUCAGAAAGCGCUUGAUACCAGAGGACAAAAAGGCUGAUGAAAACAGCGAAGAAGAGGAGGAGGAAGAGGAAGAAGACGACGAGGAGGAGCAGGAAGAGGAAAGAGAGGAGUCUUCCAGCUCUGAUUUUCCCGAUGAACUAGCAGGGUUCUGCAGGACUCCCUAUUCAGCUUACUGUUCAAUGGACCCAGCUGAACUUGCUGAAAGGAUAGAGCGGAGAGAACAGAUUAUCCAGGAAAUCUGGAUGAGCAGUGGGUUGGAUGCAUCUCCUACUCGAAGCCUCAGUCCAUUUUAUACCAAUGAACAGCAAUGCAUUUGUUUUGGAUGAAAAACGCUAUUUUUGCAAUACAAAAGAAGAAAAUAAAGGGGGAGAAAUGUACUUUCUGUGAAGGGACAUUUGCAACUCCUAGAAAUAAUUAUUUGCAAAGUUAUAUUAUUAAUAAUUAUAAUUAAAUGCUUUAAAAUA